AUGAACGGUCUGGAGUUAUCUAACAUGAUGAUUGAAACAAAUUCUUCUAGUCUAGGAAUUCGAGAACUUUUGCUAAUGCAACAAAUGAACGGAAGGAAAGAUUUUAAUGUUGGAACUUUAGUUCGCCAUCUUCACAACUUAACAAGACUGACCAUAGAUAUAUACGGGGAGGAGUUAAUUUUUGAUGAUAAUUUCAAAAAUUUAACCAACUUUAGAUCGAUAAAAAUAACUGGAACAAUUCACAAGAUAACCAAUACAAGUUUCGAGAAUUUACCAGAACUCCGUGACUUAGAACUUUACUACCUUACAGAAAUAAAAUAUUUUAGUGUCAACGCUUUUGCGCCUCUAGUUUGUUUAGAAAAUCUUUCCAUCACUUUUGUUCGAUUAGGACUUCAGAAAAUCAUGGCCACAUUUCUUCCCUUAGCAGGUAAAAACAUGUCGUCAAUUUAUUUGGAGAGAGUGCAGCUCACAACUAAUGAAAAAUAUACGAGCAUGAUGACAAAAGAUGGAAUCAUUACCGCCUACACAACGCGGUAUUUGCGUCAGAUAUGUCUCAGAGAGAUCACAAUGACAGAUUGCUCAAUCCUUAUGGUCACCUAUAACGCUUUCAAAGGCGAUACACUUGGUGAGUGCCUCGUUUCUGCCGAUAUGACAAGAAACCCUAUCUUUGGAACGGGCCUCGCGUUUCUUGUUAUUGCUAACAUGAAAAAAAUCGAAACGCUUUUCUUAGGUGACUAUGAAAAAUCUCAGACUAGCGUCGAUACUCUUGCAUUUGAUGUUUUACCUCCUAUACGCCGAUCAUGGGGAGAGAGAUUCAAAGAACCUGAUUCACCUUCGGAAAUCAACAGGAAUUACGAAAAUAGGAAAUAUUUCAAAGAGAAACUUGCAGGUUACAAUGAAUUAGAAUUGACAUUUAAUAACACUUCUGCAGAAAAAGAAUGGCUUCAUAAAAAUGGGGAGAUUCAGAUUUAUAUUUCAGACUCCAUGCGAUAUUUUGGAUUUUCAAGAGCAGGAAGAUCAAUUUAUUUUAACAAAAAAUUUAGACUAAUAGGUGGAGAAAAUCUGUAUUUUAUUGACGCAAGUGACAGCGGGUGCCAUAGUUUUACAGGAAAUGUAAGUGGUUUAAUGGCACUUCGAAUUUUAAUAUUUUCCGGUAACGAUUUGUCUGAUAUGUAUGACACUUUUUUCGAUUCGGUUUUAACAAUUGAAAUCUUAAUUCUUUCAAAUUGCAACUUUAAUAGUGCUAUUGAAUCAAAAAGUGGAAUAAAAGGUUUACAAAAAUUAAAACAUCUUACUACAUUAGAUUUGUCAGAAAAUUCGUUAGAUGUUUUAGACCCAAACAUAUUCCAGCAGAAUAAUCUAACCCACCUUGUACUAGCAUCCAAUCGUUUUAGGAGUUUUCCAUUCGAUAUCAGAACCACGCCAAAUCUACAAUAUCUGGAUCUUAGAUUUAACGCUCUAAUUUCUAUUCAAUCUUCUGUUUUAAAAGAAAUAGAUCACCUUGCCAGUGGAUCUAGUGGAUUUCAACUUCUCUUAAAAGGCAAUAUACUCGCGUGUGGCUGUCACAAUAUAAAUUUUCUCACUUGGAUUCAUCAGACAGAAACCAAGUUGGACUUGAAUAGAAACUACUCGUGCAUUGAUGAAACAGGAUCGUUGACUUACACAGCAGCCAUUACAGAUAUGGAGGCGUUUUGGAGGGCGUGUUGGGGAAGUUUUGCCCUUUCCAUUUCAAUGAUUUUGUUUUGUUUACUUGUCAUUGGAUUUGUGUUGUGCUUUUUUGUUACCAAAUAUAAAACUUACAUCAUUUCUGGAUUGCUGAAUAUGUUUAAUGAAACCUAUCUAAAGAAACCUUCCAACUACGAGAUUGGUGUCUUCAUUGGUUAUGCUGAUAGAGAUUACCAGUUUGCUUGUCAUGACCUCAGGCAGUUUAUCGAGGACACGCUGGGGUUAAGGACGUUUGUCCGUGACCGUGACCUUUCACCUACAAUAGAUCUUGCCUCUGGCAUUACUGAAGCCAUAGAGUCCAGUUGGAGAAUCCUUCUGGUCAUCAACGAGACGUUUCUUACCUCUGACGACUGGUUCCUGUUUACCUGUAGAUCGGCCAUUUAUUCCACGUCACCUGGAAAUCCCAACCGAGUUGUCGUCCUUGUUGAAGAGCGGUUACGUCACCGUCUACCGCGUGACCUACUUGCAGGUGUAUCAGAAGAGAAUAUAAUUUUUAUGUCAGGACCAGAGCUGGACUACCUGCUGAAGGAAAGCAUCAGAACUCGUCUUGUUGUUUGAUAAAUUAUAUUA